AUGCCGCCGGCGGCGGGUGUGGUGGCGCAGGGAGAUCGGGUUCCAAUGAAUCCGGUGGUGUUUCCGGCAGCGGCGGCGGCGGCGGUGGUGGUUCCGCAGCCGCAGCAGGCCCAUCCCGGGAUGGUCGCGGCGGCGCCGGAAGUGUACGCGAAGGACGCGAUCAUCGCGUGGUUCCGAGGCGAGUUCGCGGCGGCGAACGCCAUCAUCGACGCGCUCUGCGGCCACCUGAAGCGGCUGGAGGGCGGGGAGGCGGCGGCGUACGGGUCCGCGCAAACUUUAUCUGCUGCGCACAAGUACAAAGUCCGAGGGUCCCAAGAAGUGCAGCAUUUACCCGACAACAUUGAAAUAUGCUCCAAUCACGAUUUCUGUGAGGCUCGCCGUGCCCAGAUCAAGAUGAUAAAAGGGUUCGUGGCAAGGGAGCCAGUGAAAGGAAACACGGUGAAUGUCGUUAGAGGUCUGAAGUUAUACGAGGACAUAUUCACUGAUGGCGAGCUGUCGAAACUGAACGACUUUGUGAAUGAACUCCGAGCGGCUGGUCAGAAUGGUCAACUCUCAGGGGAGACCUUCAUUUUGUACAAUCAGCAGACGAAAGGGAACAAGAGAGAGUUGAUUCAGCUUGGGGUACCGAUUUUCGGAAAGAUUAAAGAAGAUGAAGCAAACACAGUCCAGAAAAGCUAUAUUGAGCCGAUCCCAGCUCUUCUACAAAGCGUAACGGAGCACUUGAUCCAGUGGCGUUUAAUACCUGAAAAUACGAGACCAAACAGCUGCAUCAUUAGCUUUUUCGACGAGGGAGAAUAUUCUCAGCCCUUCCUAAAACCACCUCACCUGGAGCAUCCUCUCUCCACUCUCCUCCUCCACGAAUCAACCAUGGCUUUCGGCCGAACGCUCGUGAGCCAUGGUGAAGGGAACUACAAGGGAUCUCUCAAUCUUUCUCUGGAGAAAGGGUCCCUUCUUGUCAUGAGAGGCAACAGUUCAGAAAUUGCAAGGCACGUCAUGUGCUCGUCCCUAAACAAAAGAACGAGCAUCACCUUCUUUCGGGUCCGAGCCGAUUCGUCUGAGAAAAACCACUCGCCUCUUUCCAAAGCAAUGACCUUAUGGCAACCGGGUGUACCUGCACCAUACACGGGCCCAAAUAACUACGAGCCCAUGAGUAUGGUGCCCAAGUGGGGUCUACUGAGGUCCCCGAUUGUGAUGCUGGGGCCCGUUCGCCCAUUGGUCGUGAGCCCGGGAAGGGGCCCACAAGGUGGGACGGGAGUUUUCCUGCCGUGGGCCGUUGGGUCGAGAAAGCACACGAAGCAACUGCCGCCACGCGCGCAGAGGGGUCGUUUUCUGGCACUGCCUUCGCCUGUCGGCUCGGGAAAAAACGAGGCCGCAGGAUCUGAUUCGGGGUUCGGUAGUUCUUGA